AUGAACCAAAUCGUCUGCUUGAUCUUUCUCUUGGUUACCCUCCUCGCCAUAAUCUUUACACCAGCCAAUGCCACCCCCCUUGAAAAAAAAUGGCCUCAUAAUCAGGAAUGCUGCCCUGUCUCUAAAUGUGUGUUUAGGCAAGGUGAAAAUCCCUUGGGUUUGAGUACUAGUACGACCGGUAUUGUAAAUGGUGGAUCCGGUUACAAUUCGAACACAUUUAACGGUCUUCUCUCAUUCACGGAGUCGCCCAAAAAUACUUUACAAAUCAGCGGUUUUAUUGAUAUUCAUGGUGUGGUAAACGGACCAGGGCCAAACCCUCCCCCCUUCGGAUCAGUUGAAAUUCUCUAUGAUAUUCAUGUAGCCAAAUGUGACGCCAAUGUAAGCCGUACACCUGGCGACGCUAUCGGCAUCGACUUAGACUCUCAGUCUUUCGGCCUGCCAAUCUUCACAUCAACAGCUAGUUCAAUCAACGCCAUCAAAGGCCUAUGUUGCUUUGUCGUGGAAGAGUUUGCAUUCAAUAAUAAUCCUCGCUGUGCAGAGAGAAUUUUGGGAGUUGCACCAGUAGAACCUGUUGUCAUAAAAGAUCAAAAUAAAUGCAUUAUCCCUACCCCUACCAAUACCCCUAGUGCCUAUCCUCCUACUUCAACACCCUAUUCUUCUAGCAGUACCUAUUCUUCUAGCAGUACCUAUCCUCCUGCUGAAACACCCUAUUCUUCUAGCAGCACCUAUUCUUCUAGCAGUACCUAUCCUCCUACUGAAACACCCUAUUAG